AGAUGGGUGAUGGAAGGUUAGUAGCAGCUCCAUUCCUGGUUAAAACUUACCGUUUGGUUGAUGACCCAGCUACUGAUAACAUCAUCUCAUGGGGAGAGCACAACAAGACUUUUGUAGUAUGGAAACCCAAAGACUUGUCCACAUUUCUCCUCCCACACUACUUCAAUCACAACAAUUUCUCCAGCUUUGUUAGACAGCUCAACACUUAUGGAUUUAGGAAAAUAGCCAGAGGGAGGUAUGAAUUUGGAAAUGAAUUAUUUAAGAAGGGACAUCAACAUCUUCUUUGUCAUAUCCAAAGAAGAAAGAUGCCUCUUCGAAGUCAAGGGACAAGCAUGAGCAUGGAGCAAGGGACGAGCAUGAGCAUGGAGCAAGGGAUGAGCAUGAGCAUGGAGCAAGGGACGAGCAUGAGCAUGGAGCAAGAGCCAUUAGAAUCACUAGCUGAGGAGAAUGAGAAGCUAAGAGAAAAGAACAUAGUUCUCUCAUCAGAGAUAGUCCAUCUGCAAAGCAUAUGCAAGAGGAUACUUGUAUUUCUUCACCACAACAACUCCUCCAAUACCAACACAGAUCUUGUCUUACAAAUGAUGCAACACCAAAAUAGCCCACAACAUGGUAAGAGCCCUCCAAAAUUGUUUGGAGUACCCCUCUGUCAGCAAACUCUACAAUAUCAAUAAUUCAUAGCACUCCCCUUCUCUUCUUUGAUGGUCUAUACGAAAUAUUUUUCAAAAAACUAAUAUGAACCAUCAUUUUUUUUCUUAAACAUUAUAUAUUGGCCCCAAAUUUACCAAGUGAAUAGAUUGUACAACUUUUAUUAGAUAAUGAUAAAUUAUUUAGGCA